UUACUGUCUAUUUUAUUCUCAGUGUGAAUGAGUUUGCGGCUUCACGGGAGCGCUGUAAUGUAAAAAACCGCAUUUGCACUAUUAGGACUCUCACACUGAAAAGAAAAACACGAGGGCACGUUUCUUUUCCCUUCACAUCUCUAGUCAUAUCCUGAGAGUGGAUUAACACAUUUAAGUGCUACAACCAUGUCCAGGCCAGCGGGGGGGCAGUGUUAAUGAUGUCACCCGCUUCCUGUCCACGGGGGCGGGGCCUGCAUCACCAACUUCAGUGUUCUCCGCCUCCAGCCAAGCCGAUUGGGCGGCUAAAAGACUCGUAUGGGUGCCUUCAGAGAAACAUGGGUUUGAGUCUGCAAGCGUACGCGAGGAGCGGGGUGACGAGGUGGAGUUGGAGCUUACAGACAGUGGGAAGAAGCUGACGCUUUCGAGGGAGGAGCUCCAGCGGAUGAACCCACCCCGAUUCAGUAAAGUCGAAGACAUGGCCGAUCUCACAUGCCUCAAUGAGGCCUCUGUCUUACACAAUCUACGAGAGAGAUACUAUUCAGGACUCAUAUAUACAUACUCCGGCCUGUUUUGUGUGGUGAUCAACCCCUAUAAGAACCUGCCCAUCUAUACAGAAUCCAUCAUAGAGAUGUAUCGUGGGAAGAAACGGCAUGAGAUGCCUCCACAUAUCUACGCCAUAUCGGAGGCGGCCUACAGGAGCAUGCUGCAAGACAGAGAAGAUCAGUCCAUCCUGUGCACAGGGGAAUCUGGUGCGGGAAAGACGGAGAACACAAAAAAAGUGAUUCAGUAUCUGGCACAUGUGGCGUCCUCACACAAGUCUGGCACCUUGGGUCGUCCCAAAGACAGCGCCCUACAGAUGGAUGGUACGCGCUCUCUGGGUCGGGGCAGUAGCGCUGUGAACAGGACUGUGCAGUAUGGGGAACUGGAGAGACAGUUACUGCAAGCAAACCCCAUUCUUGAGGCCUUCGGCAAUGCCAAAACGGUCAAAAAUGACAACUCUUCCAGAUUUGGCAAAUUCAUCAGGAUUAAUUUUGAUGUUGCUGGAUAUAUUGUUGGUGCUAAUAUUGAGACCUAUCUGCUGGAGAAGUCUCGAGCCAUUCGUCAGGCUAAAGAUGAACGAACCUUCCAUAUCUUCUACCAGCUCCUCUCUGGAGCUUCUGAGGCCGUGAGAAAGGAGCUUCUGCUGGGCAGUGCGGAUCAGUACCGCUUCCUCUGCGGGGGUUCACUUCCUGUUCCGGGUCAGAGUGAUUCAGAAAACUUCACUCAGACAAUGGACUCAAUGGCUAUCAUGGGCUUCACACAGGAAGAAUCCACAUCUAUGUUAAAGGUGAUCUCUGCAGUGCUGCAGUUUGGGAACAUCACGUUUAACAAAGAGAAAAACACAGAUCAGGCCUCAAUGCCGGAUGACACAGCAGCGCAGAAACUCUGCCACCUGCUGGGCAUCAGCGUAGUGGAGUUUAGCCGAGCCAUCCUCACUCCCCGCAUCAAAGUGGGCCGCGAGUACGUCCAGAAGGCCCAGACCAAGCAGCAGGCUGAUUUCGCAGUGGAGGCUUUGGCGAAGGCCACAUAUGAGCGUCUGUUCCGCUGGCUGGUGCACCGGAUCAACAGAGCUCUGGACCGCAGACAGCGUCAGGGAGCCUCGUUCAUCGGGAUUCUGGACAUUGCUGGGUUUGAGAUUUUCCAGCUGAACUCAUUCGAGCAGUUAUGCAUCAACUACACUAAUGAGAAACUACAGCAGCUGUUCAAUCACACUAUGUUUGUACUGGAGCAAGAGGAGUAUCAGCGAGAGGGCAUCGAGUGGAAUUUCAUCGACUUCGGUCUGGAUCUUCAGCCCUGUAUUGACCUCAUUGAGAGACCGGCUCAUCCUCCUGGCGUCCUGGCAUUGUUAGAUGAGGAGUGUUGGUUUCCAAGGGCGACUGAUCGCUCUUUUAUAGACAAGUUGUCAGCUGAGCAGGGUUCACACCCAAAGUUCAUGCGGCCACGGCAGCUUAAAGAAGAGGCCGACUUCUCCAUUAUACACUAUGCUGGCAAGGUGGACUAUAAGGCAGAUGAAUGGCUGGUAAAGAACAUGGAUCCGUUGAAUGAUAAUGUUGCAUCUCUCCUGCAUCAGUCAUCUGACCCCUUCAUCUCUGAGCUCUGGAGGGAGGAUAUUCAAACGCUUCCUCGCGUGUACUUUUUUGACUCUUACGCCACACUGCAAACCAAUGGCACUGAAAGCAUGGAGAGGAUUGUGGGUCUGGAUCAGGUUUCAUCUGGUGAGAGCAGUGGACCCGUCAGUUUUGGGGCCGCUGGGCUAAAGACAAAGAAGGGCAUGUUUCGCACAGUGGGACAACUCUACAAAGAGUCCCUCACUAAACUGAUGGCUACCCUCCGCAACACCAACCCCAACUUCCUGCGCUGCAUUAUCCCUAACCAUGAGAAAAGGGCAGGAAAGUUGAGUCCUCAUUUGGUUCUGGAUCAGCUGAGGUGUAAUGGGGUGCUGGAGGGAAUCAGGAUCUGCAGACAGGGCUUCCCGAACCGCAUCCCAUUCCAGGAGUUCAGACAGAGGUAUGAGAUCUUGACUCCAAAUGCUAUUCCUCGAACCUUUAUGGAUGGCAAACAGGCGUCUGAGCUAAUGAUCAGUGCUUUGGAGCUGGACAAGAAUCUUUUCCGGGUGGGACAGAGUAAGGUUUUCUUCCGGGCUGGAGUUUUGGCUCACCUAGAGGAAGAACGAGACUUGAAGAUCACAGACACCAUCAUCCGCUUCCAGAGUGUGGCCCGUGGAUACCUUGCCAGGAGGGCGUUCCAUAAGAAGCAGCAGCAGCUCAGUGCCCUGCGUGUGAUGCAGAGGAACUGUGCAGCGUACCUGAAGCUCAGAAACUGGCAGUGGUGGAGACUCUUCACAAAGGUGAAGCCCUUGCUGCAGGUGACCCGCCAGGAUGAAGAGAUUCAAGCUCGGGAAGCACAGCUUCAGAAAGCCAAAGACAAGCUGAGUAAACUAGAGCUUGAUUUUUCUGAACUGGACAGAAAAAACCAACAGCUAAUGGAGGAGAAGUCGGUGCUGACUGACCAGCUGCAGGCGGAGGCGGAGUUAUUCGCAGAGGCGGAGGAAAUGAGAGCACGGCUGGCCAAUCGCAAACAGGAGCUGGAAGAUGUGUUGGGAGAGCUCGAGAGCCGAUUGGAGGAGGAAGAGGAGAGGACCCUUCAGCUGACCAAUGAAAAGAAGCGAAUGCAGCAACAUGUGCAGGAUCUGGAGGAACAGCUAGAAGAGGAAGAGGGGACACGUCAGCGCCUCCAGCUGGAGAAAGUCACCCUGGAAAGCAAAGUGAAGAGUCUGGAGGCCGAGACGUUGAAUGUGGGAGAGCAGAGAGACAGAUUAAGCAAGGAGAAAAAACAGAUAGAAGAGAGACUCAAUGAAGUGACAGAUCAACUCACAGAGGAAGAGGAGAAGGUGAAGAGUCUUAACAAGCUGAAAAACAAACAGGAAGCUGUCAUCGCUGAUUUAGAAGAGCGCCUGAAGAGGGAAGAGCAGGGCCGUCUGGAACAGGAGAAGUGGAAGAGGCGAAUGGAAGGAGAGGCGGUGGAGGCCCAAGAGCAGCUGUCUGACCUGAGCUUACUAGUCACAGAGCUGAGAGGCAGCCUGAGCCAAAGAGAGAAAGAGAUCACCACACUACAGACACGGCUGGAAGAAGAGGGGGCACGGCGUACAGAGGCUCAGAGAGCCCUGAGAGAGGCCACGUCUCAGGUCUCUGAGCUUAAAGAGGAGGUGGAGAAUGAAAGAGGGAUGAGGGAGAGAGCUGAGAAACAGAGGAGAGAUCUGGGAGAGGAGUUAGAGGCUUUGAGGACUGAACUAGAAGAUACACUGGACACUACAGCUGCUCAGCAAGAGCUCAGGUCUCGUCGUGAGGCUGAAUUAGGAGAGCUUCAGAGAUGUUUAGAGGAUGAGACCCGUCGUCAUGAAGCCCAGCUGUCAGAGCUCCGCAUCAAGCACACCGCCGCUAUAGACUCCCUACAGGAGCAGCUGGACAACGCCAAGAGAUCCCGUCAGUCUCUGGAGAAGGCGAAGGUCGUUCUGGAGGAGGAACGUGUGAACCUGAGUGCUGAGCUGAAGACUUUACAGGGAGGCAAGAUGGAGAGCGAGAGGGGCAGAAAGCGAGCAGAGGGACAGUUGCAGGAACUCAACGCACGCCUCGCACAGGCUGAGAGAGAAAGAGAAGAGCGAGAGGAGCGACUCAGUAAACUCCAGUCGGAGCUCGAAUCUCUGUCCAGUUCCCUAUCCUCAUCUGAUUCCAAAUCUCACCGCUUAAGUAAGGAGGUCAGCAGUCUGGAGAGCCAACUACAUGAUGUGCAGGAGCUGCUGCAGGAAGAGACACGGCAGAAGUUGGCGCUGGGUUCACGUGUACGUGCUCUAGAGGAAGAGAAAGCUGGAUUGAUGGAGAGACUAGAGGAGGAGGAAGAGAAGACCAGAGAACUUACACGCCAGAUUCAGAACCAUACACAACAGCUGUCUGAUCUGAAGAGGCAGACAGAGGAAGUGAAUUCAGCGGUGGAGGCCGGGGAGGAGGCCAGGAGGAAGAUGCAGAGAGAGCUGGAGAAUGCCGUGCAGAGAGAGAGGGCCAAAGAGGAAGAGAAAGAACGCAUAGAGAGACAGAAAGAACGGCUGAGAGAAGAAAUAGAGGACAUGACCAUUGCUCUACAGAGAGAGAGACAGAACUGCACUGCUCUGGAGAAACGACAGAAGAAAUUUGAUCAGUGUUUGGCAGAAGAGAAAGCAGUUAGUGCUCGGCUGCUAGAGGAACGGGAUCGCGCAGAAGCAGAGAGUCGAGAGAAGGAGACGCGCUUCCUGUCUCUCUCUAGAGCACUGCAGGAAGCAACAGAGCAGAGAGAUGAACUGGAGAGAACCAAUAAGCAGCUCCGCCUGGAGAUGGAGCAGCUUGUGAAUGCCCAAGAUGACGUGGGCAAAAAUGUUCAUGAGCUAGAGCGAUCUCGACGGGCUUUGGAAACAGAAGCCCAGUCUCUGAAAGAGCAGACCCAGGAGCUGGAGGAUGAGCUGGCAGAAGCGGAAAAUGCUCGCCUCAGACUUGAGGUCACCCUUCAGGCUCUUAGAGCUCAGUUUGAGAGAGAGAUCAGCACUAAGGAGGAGAAAGGAGAAGAAAAGAGGAGAGCACUCAACAAACAGGUGCGAGAACUUGAAACAAUGCUUGAGGAAGAGAAGACUCAAAGAGCUCAGGCUUUGACUGUUAAGAAACAACUGGAAACUGAGCUGCAGGAAGCAGAGGCUCAGGUGGAAGCAGCCAAUCGGGGCAGAGAGGAAGCACUCAGACAGAUGAAACGUCUCCAGACUCAGAUGAAGGAGCUUAUUCGUGAGCUUGAUGAGACCAAGUUAGCUCGAGAUGAGAUUGUCGCCCAAUCAAAGGACAGCGAGAAACGGCUACAGACGUUGGAAGCAGAGCUAUUACAGCUGACAGAGGAGUUGUCUGUUUCUGAGAGGCAGCGGAGACAGGCCCAACAGGAGAGAGAUGAACUGGCAGAUGAAGUCGUCAGCAGUACAACUGGAAAAUCUGCACUGUUGGAAGAAAAGCGGCGUCUUGAGGCCAGAAUCACUCAGCUGGAGGAAGAGUUAGAGGAGGAGCAAAGUAAUGCUGAACUAUUAGCCGAAAGGCAGAGGAAGAGCACCUUACAGGUUGAGACACUUACAGUCCAGUUAUCUGGAGAGAGGACGCUGGCGCAGAAGAGCGAGAGUGCACGAGAGACUCUGGAGAGGCAGAAUAAAGAGUUGAAGACUCGUCUCAGUGAGAUGGAGGGGACCGUGAAGGGGAAACAUCGCCUCAGUGUCGCCGCCCUGGAAGCCAAGAUAGAAUCUAUGGAGGAACAACUGGAGCAGGAGAGACAGGAGCGAGCCGUAGCCAAUAAGCUGGUGAGGAAAACAGAGAAGAAACUGAAAGAAGUUCUGAUACAGGUGGAAGAUGAAAGGAGACAUGCAGAUCAGUAUAGAGAACAGUUGGAUAAGUCUAUGGGGCGUCUCCGUCAGCUGAAGAGGCAGUUAGAGGAGGUGGAGGAAGAGAACUCUCGCUCCAACGCUCAGCGCAGGAAACUACAGCGAGAGCUGGAGGAAAUGGGCGACAGCAUGCAGAGCAUGAACCGCGAGCUCAACACUCUCCGCUCCCAACUCAGCCUCCCAGAACGGCAGAAGUCAGAACAGCGAGCUCCGCUCCCUAUCUCCAUGCGUGCUGGUCGCAGGGCUCUGGUGGAUGACCUAUCUCAGGAGAACUCUGAUUCUGAGGAUCCAGGUGCUUCUCCCACCCCGUCCAGCGGCCCACCGGGUACCCCCACACCCUCAGACAACGCCCUGGGCCCCCCUCCUCCCUACAGCCUUACUGAUGCUGAAUAAGAAGGGGUGUGAUAAAUGGACAGUUUUACUGGUUUAACUCCCAUGGCUUUUGCAAUCGUACACAUAACAGAACAUCCGUGCAGUCACACAUAACUUGAAACUAGUUAAUGUGAUUUAUUGAUUUUAAAUGAACAGAUUAGCAUGCAAGAUGAAGAAAGUUGGAUGCAGUACUCUUAUAGUACUAUUUAAACCAAGCAAGCAAGCAGUGAGUAAAGACUGCAUUUUUUAAGAUGGGGAGAAAUGAAAACUAUAUUUCCCAGCAUUCCUUGGGAAAUACAAAUACUGUAUUUUGGUGCAGUAUAUCAGGCUUGUUGUGGCAAAAUUAUGAUGGCCAUCUCAAGCUCUCUCUCUCAAUCAAACAAAAGCCAUGUGUUUAGGAGAAAUUUGCAUGUUGAUGGCAAUCGAAGGCCAUCGGGUAUCGCACAGAUGAUCCACGAUCAGGCUAAAAUGUAUCAUCUGUGCUUGCACAAGCCAUCAAACCCUCAAAGCACUGAGAAACUUUCUCUCUCUCACUCCUAAAAUAAUGUAAUGUUUUACGAAAUUGGGAAUUGAACAGGUACAAGGAUGUCUCUUUGGUAUUUUAGAUUAUCUGUGUUAAAAUUUUAAAAGUAAUAGCUCUACUUCAGAUAAAUAGACAGUGAUGCUUUUUUUAAACAUAAUUAGGCAGAGAUGAUAAUUAUGGAAGCCCAUUUCCACCCCAGUAAAGAAAAAAAAAAGGUAACUGCAAUUCUGAUUCUCUCGCAGUUGCGAUUUUCUUUCUCAGUAUUGUGAGUAUACCUCGCAAUUGGAAGUUUGUUUCUUUCAAUUGCAACUUUAUAACUCACAAUGUGGCUUUAUAUCUCAAAAUCUAUUUCUGCUAAUUGUGACUUUAUACCUCACAGUGUAACUUUAUGGGCCCUAUUUUAACUAUCUAAACGCAUGGUCUGAAGCGCACGGCGCAGUUGCACCUAGGGUGUGUCCAAUUCCACCGAAAAAAACGGUGCGCAUGGUCCAAAACGGUUGUUAAUGAGUCAUAGGUGUGUUUUUGGGCAUAACAUGCAUUAAACCAAUCAGAGUCACAUGUCCCAUUCCCUUUAAGAGCCAUUUGCGCUCACACCAUGUCGGAUUCGCUAUUUACACGGCGGAAUUUGUGAGAACAAAGACUGAACACUUCUCCAGAGAGCAGGGCCGGCACCAAGAGGGGGGCAUUCACAGGCGGACCCCCCUCAAAUGAGUUACUGUGCACGCCCUUUCCAUCCUUCCCCUCCUUGCUGAACGUGAUCGUUUUCGAAAGCGAAAGUGAAACCAAAAAAACAGCUCGCAUAAGAAAGCGAUUGACUCUCCAUUAUGACAUAUAGCCAUUUUUAUAUUUAUGUACACAAUAAUAAUCUUUUACAUUGUAAUCCUUUCAUUUUUAAUAUUUGGCAUGUUUGUGUGCUGCUGCGCAUCCCUGCGUGUGUAAUAAACAGAAUGUAUGUGCAUUGUGCACCUGCCUAUAGGCGCAUAUUACUAACACAAUCUUUAAAUAACAAAAAUUGCAUCAUUGACUUUAGUCCAGGUUUCAGUUGGUCAAUGCCGCAGUCUAUUUCAGCUGCCUUAAAAUAGCAACACGUCAACCAUGCGCCUGAACACACCCAUGGGAGCACAAAUGGGCGCAAAUGCAUUUGCUAUUUAAGCAACGUGGCGCAGGAUAUAAAAAUGAUAACUGCGUCAGGCUGAAACUAGCAAUGUACAAACACCGCAUUGCACCAGGUGCAUGAUAGUGCCCUAUAUCUCACAAUUACAAGUUUGUUUCUGCUAAUUGUGACUUUAUAUCUCAGUGUGACUUUAUAUCUCGCAACUACAAGUUCGUUUCUGCUAAAUAUGAAUUUAUAUUUCACAGUGUGACUUUAUAGCUCACAAUUGCAAGUUUGUUUCUAAUUGUGACUUUAUAUCUCACAGUGUGACUUUAUAUUUCGCAAUUGCAAGGUUGUUUCUGCUAAUUGUGACUUUAUAUCUCACAGUGUGACUUUAUAGCUCACAAUUGCAAGUUUGUUUCUUGUAAUUGUUACUUUAUAUCUUACGGUGUGACUUUAUAAUUCACAAUUGCGACUUUACAUCUCGCAGUUGUGUUUUUUUUCCACUAAUUUGACCUUGUAACUCACAGUUUUACCUUAUGUCUUUCUAUCGUGCAGUAAGACUUUAUCUCAUAAUUGUGACUUUAUAUCUCAAUUUGACUGUAGCUUACAAUUGCGAUUUUCUUUCUCAAUAUUGUGACUGUAUAUCUCGCAAUUGCAAGUUUGUUUCUCUCAAUUGUGACUUUAUAAGUCACAAUAUGACCUUAUAUCUCACAGUGUGACUUUAUAUCUUGCAACUGCGAGUAUGUUUCUCCUAAUUGUGACUUUAUACGAUUUCUAACAUAUCUUGCAAAUUCAACUUUCUUUUUAAAUAUAGUGACUUUACAUCUCGCAAACAAGAUUGUUUUUCACAAUUGUGGUUUUAUAACUCACAUUGUGGUCUUAUAUCUCAAAACGUGACUAUAUUUCACAGUGUGACUUUGUAGCUCACAAUUGGGUUUGUUUCCACUAAUUGUGACUUUGUAGUUCACAAUUUGAUCUUAUGUCUUUCUAUCAUGCAGUAUCACUUUAUAUCUCAUAAUUUCACAGCGUGACUUUAUUUAUUUUAAACUUUAUCCCGCGGUUAUCUUUUUUAUUUUUUACUCUGAGGUAAAAAGGGGCUUCCAUAGAUGACCAUUUACAUGCACAAAGCUAUGAUUGAUUAAUAUUAAGCAAAGACAGAAAAGUGAGAAAGAGAAAAAUGCUUUCAUAUUAAAUUAAUAUGCUACAAAUUUGAGACGUCCAUUAUAGCUUUUACAUCUCCAUAACCUCACCAUGAGAAAAGAAUGACGAUACAGAAAAUAAAAAAAUACAAGGUCAUACAGAUACCGGAGUUAUAGCAGAAAAUAAAAGAGAAGCAGCCAAAGCUGACAGAUUUCACCUCCAUGUAGUUUUAACAGUAACAAUUCUUAGAUAUUUGAAUAAAAUAUUCCUGCUGUGAUGAUCUCAUUCAAACUUUAGUACUCAGUUCAACUCCCUAUUAAGUUCAGGGUUUCUGUGCUGCAGAUCGAACCCUUUUAGAUACUGUGCGUAGGUAGUUAGGGACGCUUUUGUUGGUAGUGACAUAGAUAGGUAGUUAGGAUUUCUUAAUUUAUGUCUUAACACAUCAACUCCAGUUUCAGACUACUGACUUGUUGUAAUUUUUAUCAAGUAAGAGAAUUCCAGUAUGCAGUCUAUUUAUUUUGUUUUGUAUUGAUUUUGGUGUCUGCACAUAGACAUGGUUGUUGUAUAGUUUGCAAUUUUAAGGGAAAACAAGGCGAAAAGAAAGAGAUUUUGAGGGUAAGGUUUACACUUAGCAGGGUAUCAGUAACGCAGGACAGAAAAAAUAAUUCAUGUUCACUAAAUAAGCUGCAGUGGACCUCAUAACACAUCAGACACAAAUAACACAUCCGUGAAUGCGUUUGAGAUCAUUCUGACAAUGAGUGAGAAGUCCGUUAUCAGGAUUUCAAGGUGUGAACCUGGAAGAUAUGAACAUGUAUAAUAUCUUGCCUGUUUUUCCCAGGAGUUGAAGGCUGCUAGUUAUUAAUCUCAUUAUAUCAAUGUAACUUCUUUUUUUAUCAAAAGGACAUAUUGUAUUUUUGUUUGUUUGUUCGUUUUUGAAUGUGGUAAAUAUUUAUGGAUCAAAGCGUUUGUUACACACAAUCUGAGGCAUAUGGAUGACUAAAGGGACGUUAUUCUCGCUGUAUGCAUGUCAACAGUGCCUGUAGUAUCCAUUGAAAAUCAAAGAACGAGGUCUGGAAUUCGAUAAAUAAAUUGCAAUAUUAGGUCUCCCCGAACAGCUGACUCUCACAGAUACUUUUUAGAUUUCAAUUGUUUCGGAAAUGUUUAUUUUAAUUGACGAAUCCAUGACAAAUGAAAGUUUCCUUAGCUUUCACUGUAUGUAAGUCUUAAUUCGUACAGUAGAUAUUGUAUGGUGAUGAGUAUUUUAAUACACUUCUCCUGGCUUACAAGCUAGUUUUUCAAGCGAUUAUGUUUAACAGUGUUGGUCACCAUUAAGUAUUAGAACAUGUUUGAGAUUGAUGAACUGAAGAGUUUAUUACACUGUUACUACCACAGUUAUUACUACCUGUGUGUUCAGCUACAGUAUCUGUCCUGUAAAUCGGAAAGCAGGGUUUUCGUAUUAGAUCAUCACUGAACGUAAAAUGUCUGUCGUGUGGUAUAUAGAUCACAUUUUGAUACUUAUUUGUUUUGUUUGCCCCUAAAAUGUUUCAUUUUUAAAUUCUGAUUUCUAGAAUCAAGAUUGAAUUGUAUUCGGUUGUAAAACGUUGACUGAAAGGGAGACAAAAGGAUAGCCAAAAGACUCAAGCUUUGUACAACAGGUUGUUUUUAUUCUGCUUAUUUAUCCAUGUUAGAACAUAAAUUACAUCUGCCUAUUACAUGACUGUUUGCCUUUCAAGCAACUCAACAUUGCUGCUAAAAGAUGUGGUUUGUCACUGAGUCAUUUUAAUUGAUUUGUACAUUUAGCAGAUUUGCAGAACUGUUCAAACUCAAAAAGUCAAUUUGAAAAGCAUUAAGAUUGAAAAACCAGUCGUAUUUCUCUGAAUCCUAAAUUUUAGUUUAAUAAAUGAGCCUUGUUAUACUGAACCUGUGCUUUAUGACGCAGCUUUGAAUCGGUGUGAGAUGAGUGGACAGUAGCAGAGAAUAUGUAUGAAAAGGAAAUUAAAACUCCAGCGGAGAGAUACAUGUAUGUAUCUGAAGUGUUUCUGAAGAGGACUGUGUGCUUUUUUGCAUUUGUGGAACUUGAAUUUUUAACCAUGUUGUUUAUUUGAUCUUUUGCUUUAUUUUGCUAUAAUGAUAAAAUGAGACUGGGGUGAAUUUUAAUAUACCAUUGGUUUUGAAA